AUGAUGCAAUCUUUUGAUGAUCUUAGAGCAGGGAAAUACAAAGGAACAAGACGUUUGAAGUUAUCAUGUGGUCUCACGGAGUUCCCUCGAGAGAUCUUGGACCUCUACGAUACGCUCGAGAUUCUUGAUCUAUCUAAUAACCCUCUUGCGACACUUCCCAAAGAGAUUCACCGACUUCAUAAACUCAAGGUUGCUUUCUUUUCCGACUGCAAUUUUAUCAAUUUCCCCAAAGAAUUGGCUCAGUGUCGUUCCCUAGAAAUGAUUGCGUUCAAAAACAAUGGAAUGACUACGAUCUCCGAAGGAGUCUUUCCACGCAAGUUACGGUGGCUGAUCCUUACCAAUAACAAGAUUGAAUCUCUGCCACACAGUAUUGGAAACUGUCAUAGACUUCAAAAAUGCAUGCUGGCGGGAAAUAGCUUGACGUCUCUCCCUGACGAAAUGUCUCAUUGUCGGAAGUUGGGCUUACUGAGACUGUCGGCCAACAAGAUCGCUUGUUUACCCCCUUGGUUGUUCAGUCUUCCUGAAUUGUCAUUUCUUUCGUUCUCUGGAAACCCUUGCACUCCAUCAAAUGAAGACAAUCCAACAUUAGAUGAUAUUUCUUGGUCAGACUUGGAGAUCGAUCACCUUCUGGGAGAAGGAGCUUCGGGUAUAAUCUCAAAGGGUGUGUGGAAAUCGUCUACAGCCGAAAAGAAUGUCGCUGUCAAGUUGUUCAAAGGCGAGGUGACCAGUGAUGGCGUACCAGCAGAUGAAAUGAAUGCAUGCAUUACCGCAGGUCGUCAUCCGAAUCUCAUUGAUCCAAUCGGCAAGAUUCAUGGCCAUCCAGAAAAAAGAGGAUUGGUACUUGAGCUCAUCCCUCCUCACUUUACAAAUUUGGGCCUUCCACCAACUAUUGAUAGUUGUACACGCGACGCUUUUCAUCCAGAAACUGUCUUCUCGAUUGAGAAAUGUCGCGCAAUUCUAAUCUCUAUCGCAUCUGCGAGUAAGCAUCUCCAUGAAAGAGGAAUCACCCAUGGAGAUUUGUAUGCGCAUAAUAUUUUGAUCGAUGACUCCGGUCAUGCUCUUCUUGGAGACUUCGGCGCUGCGACAAUAUACCAAAAGGGUUACGAACAUUCAGAGGCGAUCGAAAAGAUGGAAGUCUUCGCCUUUGGUCAUUUGAUUGAAGAUAUGUUGGGUUUGGUGGCGCGAAAAGUUGUUGCCGCGGAUAAUCUCAGUGUCUGGGAUGAGAAAGAGGGGUAUGCAAUUGAGGAGUUGAACCAGCUGCAUUACAAGUGUACCAACCCUAUUGUUAUGGAUAGACCAUUGUUUUCUGAGAUUUGUAAGGAGUUAUGCGCCUGA